AGUGGCUACUUACUCAUCACUGUACGGCUUCAAUCAUUAUAUCUUCCUCCUCACCUCUCUCAUUAUCAAACCAAACCUAAACAACUUUCUUUGUGAGUUCAAAGAAAGCAUGACCAUCAGCGAUCAGUUUCCUUGUGGGUUAAGAGUCCUUGUCGUAGACGACGACGCUUCCUGUCUGAUAAUCCUCGAGAAAAUGCUUCUCCGCCUCAUGUACCAAGUUACCAUCUGCUCCCAAGCCGACGUCGCUUUAACCCUCUUGAGAGAAAGAAAAGGCUGUUUCGAUCUGGUCUUGAGCGAUGUUCAUAUGCCUGGUAUGAACGGCUACAAACUCCUCCAGCAAGUCGGUCUCGAGAUGGAUCUUCCUGUCAUCAUGAUGUCUGUUGAUGGAAGAACAGCGACAGUCAUGACGGGAAUCAACCAGGGAGCUUGUGAUUAUCUUAUUAAGCCGAUUCGUCCUGAAGAGCUCAAGAACAUAUGGCAACACGUGGUUCGCAGGAAGUGCACAAUCAACAAGAACAGUAUCAGCAGCAGCAGCAGCUUGGAGAGUCUUUUCUCUGUUAGUGGAGUCUCAGAGGGGAGUUUGAAACGUAGGAAGAACAAGAGAAGGGUCGAUAGUGAAGAAGACGAUCUUCUUGAUCCUGGAAACAGUUCCAAGAAGUCGCGUGUUGUUUGGUCAAUGGAAUUACAUCAACAAUUCGUCAAGGCUAUAAACCAUCUUGGAAUUGAGAAAGCUGUACCAAAGCGGAUUCUUGAGUUGAUGAAUGUGCCUAGCUUAAGCAGAGAAAACGUCGCUAGUCAUUUACAGAAGUACCGAUUGUAUUUGAAAAGAUUAAGUGGUGCAGCUUCUCAGAGUAGGGACGCUGAGUCUAUGGAAAGAUAUGAAAACAUUCAAGCUAUGGUUUCCUCUGGACAGAUACAUCCGCAGGCAUUAGCUGCCUUGUAUGGUCGACCAAUAGACAAUCAUAUGUCUGGUGGUUUUGGAGUUUGGAUACCUACUGACAAUCAUUUUGGUGGAUCUAAUGUAUCAUCAGCUUCUAACCGGUGUUUUGGGGCUUUGGACAGUCCUUCAUCUGUUGCUGCUUCGAUGUCUGUUCAUGGUUUAUCUUCCUCUGGAAAUGUAAGACAGCAAGCUGAUGGUUUCAGCAACAGCACAGACUACAGAAUCAGACAAGGGAAUGGGUCAGGCAUCAGUGAAGAAUCUUGGAUCUUGGGAAGACCUUUAAGACAGCGAAAGGCUUAAGAGGAGUAGACAAGCAUUGGUUAUGUAUCUGUUUCCUUCAAAUCUUUAGAAUGGAUUGAAGUUUUAAGGAAACUUGUAUGUCUGCAAAAUGUUAGGGGUAAGUGUAAGAAGAUGAUGAAGAGUUUAGGACAAAGUCCUGUGUUUGUAUUGCUAAUACAAGUAGAGUUACGUUUUAAUGUGGAGGCUUGAGACUGUCUAUGAAUGAAGAUGGAUGAGUAUUUACAACUC